AACACAGGAAAUGGCUCCCAACCGUUAUAACUUGAACUACAGGCUUGUGGAGAAAUCGGCUCCAAAGUGGCCGUUCAAAGGAAUGGAAAGGAACACCACGCCUAUGAUUAUCAAAAACAUUCCUGGACCAUCAGAGUAUACGGUCAAUGCAGGAGACAUUGCGUACAAAAUUCACAAGCAAUUAACAUACAACCAACAACAUUCAGUGUCGAAACCGCCUUUUAAUAGCGCUACCGAACGUUAUUCUUCUACAGUCGACCAAAAACAUAAUAUGAGUUCCAUCGAGGAAGAUCAAAAGACACUCGACGAAACAAACGAGUGCAUAAGGCCGCACUCGACUUUUGUCUCAAAAACCGGAAGGAGCAAAUUACAAGUGCAGUCUUCUGGAGUGGAUAAAUAUUAUAAUAUAGCUAAAGCCGUCGACAAGAUAAAAACCAAAACUAGCCAUAAUAAACGUCGAACACCGUUCAAUCAAACGAGUCGACGGUUUGCAGAAUUUAAAACUCAACGUCUUCCCGGACCAGCCGAUUAUGUGCUGAAGCAGUCUACUUAUUGCGCUACAAAUCGCCUAAACUUCGGUACUUAUUCCGAAAGACAACCAAAAUCGAUCGCACACGGACGACAGACUUACGAGUUACCGAAUUCUUGCAAGAAGACUUUGAAAGUGGACCAGUUACAACAACAAAAUCAAAUUUAACGUUAUCCGGCAAAACAGCGAGACGUGUCAUUCGAAGGGAAUAGUUCAAUUAAAAC